AACUAUCGAUUAAUUUAGACAAGAGAAACUAAGUCAAGAACACAAAACGGUUGUACGGACACAAACACAUAUUUUAUUUGUUGGUUAAAGAAGUUGGAUUAAUAGAAAAAAUAAGUUCAGAUGAUGGAAACUUCAGAUACGAGAAAGAAAGACUCUACUGAUCAUGAUCAGCUCACUCAAACUGUGUUUUCUUCGACUGAUCUUAACGACAUUUCCGAUGAAAAUCUCUUCAAAGAUAAGAUGAAUGCUGAGGCCAUUUUAGAUAUCAAGAAAGAGGCUGGCCAUUUCUGUGAUCUUCUUGAUGCUGAUCGUAUGAUUUCAAGAUACGAGAAGUGGGCAAAAUGGGCGAAGUGGAAGGUUCUUUUAAGUGGCAACUUUUUGAAGUCAUUUAAAAAAUUGACAAUCCAGAGGAAAAAAUCAAUUUUUCACCUUAUUCUUCAGCUAUCCAGUGGGUGGAGGCCCGAGAAACCGUAUGUAGAUUCGGGAAGUAAAAGUUGUAUGGAGAUAAUGAGCUUUAAGGAUGAUAGCCAGAUUGUUAUUAGUACUGUGGACAUCACAAAGAACUUGAACUAUGUGCAAGUAUUGAAGAUAUGGGAUGUCUUGCCUCCAGAUGAUGCAUCAAAACUGAUCAAUCGUCUUGACAAAAUUUUUGGCAAGUAUACAGAUGGUUUUGCCAACCUCUGCAACGAUAAGUCUUUCGAAGGCAACUUGGAAAUUCCAAAGAAUUGGCCACCCUCUUUGGAUUUUGUUCGGUUUAAGAAUCUCUCCAACAACAAAUCUGAGAGUGAGUUAGGUUCCUCGUCUAAUGGAAGAAGUUAUGUGGAGAAUUCGAAGGUCAGCGAGAGUUUGCUGCAGAUGAAAUUCUACUUAUUGUGUCAUGAUGUAGUAAGCUACUUGCUAUCUGAUUGCGAUGGUAGGAAAAUUGGUCUUCAAUAUGUACUAACAGAUGAACAAAUGGACGCCAUCCUGAUUAAUGAAAGUAGCUUUAUACUUGGACGGUCAGGGACUGGAAAGAGUACUGUGUUGACGAUGAAACUAUUCCAAAGAGAAAAGUCACAUCUUUCUGCUAUGGACGGGUACUGUGAAAAUAGUAUGGAGAGGAAUAAAUUCUUACGUCAACUUUUUGUUACAGUUAGUCCUAAGCUAUGUAAUGCCAUCAAGCAACAUGUUUUUGACUUGAAAAGAUUUAAUGGUGGCAACAAUCAAGAUGAAGGUAGUUUGAUUGAUAUUGCUGAUAUAGAUGACGAAGAAACACAGUUCAAGAACAUUCCUGACUCUUUUUAUGAGAUUCCUGCUGAUUGCUACCCUUUGGUCAUAACAUUCCAUAAGUUCAUAAUGAUGCUAGAUGGAACAUUGAGUGAAUCUUAUUUUGAAAGAUUCCUUAAUGUGGAAGAUCCUUUUAAUGAUCAAGGUGGAAUUUCAAGAUCAGUGUUGCUUCAGACAUUGAUAAGGAACAAAGAAGUCAACUACGAGAAAUUUAGUGCUUUAUAUUGGCCUCAUUUUAAUUCCAAGUUAAGGAAGAAGCUUGAUCCUUCUCGAGUCUUCACUGAGAUAAUUUCUCAUAUCAAAAGUGGUUUGCUGUCCAUUGAAGCAAGUGAUGGUAAGCUAAGCCGUGAGGAUUAUAUUAAAAUGUCAGAGGGACGUUCCUCCAAUUUAAGUCGGGAAAAGAGAGAGAGAAUAUACGAUAUAUAUCAGAUUUAUGAAAAAAAGAAAAUGGAAAAUGAUGAAUUUGAUCUUGCUGAUUUCGUUAAUGAUCUUCACUCUAGACUCAAGCAUGAAAGAUAUAAUGGGGAUGAAAUGAAUUUUGUUUAUAUUGAUGAGGUUCAAGAUCUUACAAUGAGUCAAAUCACUUUGUUCAAGCAUAUAUGUGGAAAUGUUAAAGAGGGGUUUGUAUUUUCUGGUGACACUGCACAGACCAUUGCCAGGGGAGUUGAUUUUAGAUUCGAAGACAUACGCCAUCUAUUCUACAAGAAGUUUUUAUUGGAACCCAAUAGUGAAAAUGUAGACAGAAAAGAGAAAGGAUUGAUAUCUGAAACUAUCCAUUUGUCUCAAAACUUUCGUACUCAUGCUGGUAUUCUGAAAUUGGCUCAAAGCAUAAUUGAACUUAUAUAUCAUUUCUUUCCACACUCUAUUGAUCCUUCAAAACCAGAAACCAGUUUGAUAUAUGGGGAACCUCCAUUGCUGCUUCAAUGUGGGGAUGAUGAAAAUGCAAUCAUUAAAAUUUUUGGCAACAAUGGAAAGACCGGUGGAGGUAUUGUUGGCUUUGGUGCAGAGCAGGUUAUUUUAGUGAGAGAUGACAAUGCCCGAAAGGAAAUAUCUGGUUAUGUUGGGAAGCAAGCUCUUCUACUUACAAUUUUGGAGUGUAAGGGACUUGAGUUUCAGGAUGUAUUACUGUACAAUUUUUUUGGUUCCUCUCUUCUAAAGAAUCAUUGGAGGGUCAUAUAUGAAUACAUGAAAGAGCAAGACUUUUUUGACACCACCAUACCUAGCUUCCCAAAAUUUUCCGACUCCAAACAUAAUAUUUUAUGUUCUGAACUCAAGCAAUUAUACGUUGCUGUCACACGCACGAGGCAAAGGUUGUGGAUUUGUGAAAGCUCAAACGUUGCUGAACCUAUAUUUGACUAUUGGAAGAAGAAGUGUCUUGUGCAAUCUAAACUACUUGAUGAUUCACUUGCACAGGCCAUGCAAGUCACUAGCAGUCCUGAAGAGUGGAGAUCAAGGGGCAUUAAGCUCUUUCAUGAACACAACUAUGAAAUGGCUACAUUGUGCUUUGAAAGAGCUGGUGAUAUAUAUUGGGAGAGAUUGUCUAAAGCUGCUGGACUCAAGGCUAUGGCUGAUCAUAUGCGCGUUUCAAAUCCUGAAGAAGCUAAUUCCAUCCUCAGAGAAGCUGCUGAAAUUUUUGAAGCUAUUGGGAAAGCUGAUUCUGCUGCCAGGUGUUUUUCUGCUUUGGGAGAGUAUGAAAAAGCAGGUCAUAUUUAUUUAGAAAAGUUUGGUGAAUCUGAGCUUCGAAAAGCUGGGGAAUGUUUCUCUCUGGCAGGGUGUCAUGAGCUUGCUGCUGAUGUUUAUGCUAAAGGGAAUUUCUUCUCCGAAUGUCUUACAGCUUGUUCAAAAGGAAAGUUAUUUGAGAAGGGUUUGAAAUACAUUAAAUGUUGGAAACAAAUUCCAACAAAUGGUUGCUGUACUGCAGAGAGAGGCAUUGAAAUAGACAGAAUUGAACAGAUGUUUUUGAAGAGCUGUGCUUCUCAUUAUUUUGAGAUCAAAGAUAAGAGGUCCAUGAUGGAAUUUGUUAAAGAGUUUAAUUCCAUGGAUUCAAUUCGGAACUUCUUGAAUUCGUUGUGCUGCUUUGAUGAACUUUUGUUGUUGGAAGAAGAAAAGGGGAAUUUCAUGGAAGCUGCAAAUAUUGCUAAGCUAAUUGGCGAUACAUUACGCAGGGUGGAUCUGCUGGGAAAAGCCGGAAAAUUUAAAGACUCAGCUAAUCUUAUUCUUUUUUAUGUGCUUUCCAACUCCCUUUGGUCAAAAGGUAAGAAGGGCUGGCCCUUAAAGCAGUUCAAAGAAAAGGGUGAUCUCUUAAUAAAAGCGAAAACAUUUGCCAGGAAUGAUACAGUCGAGUUUUAUGAGAUUGUUUGCACUGAAGCUGACAUCAUUGCAAAUGAACAUAGUGAAUUGAUUACAGUCCUGAAUCAGGUGAUUGCUUCUCAGAGGUACAGGAGUGUUACUGGCGAGAUUCUAUCAGCUAGAAAAAUUCUGGACAUGCACAUUUCCUUAAGAACCAAGUACUAUUGCGAAGAGGAACUGGUUACUGAUGUUAUGAAGCAUUCAGAAGACAUGAUUUCUAAAAACCAGGUAUCAAUAGAGUCACUGGUCUACUUUUGGAAUUUUUGGAAGGGCCAGAUUGUUGGCGUUCUUGAAUAUCUUAAAUGUCUUGAGACCCAAGAAAUUAACGAGUUCAGAUAUUAUGGAGAGUUCUGUUUGAAUUUUUUAGGUGUUUGGAGGGAGUUCAACAGUUUGAAUCCAAUAUUUUUUCUUCUAAACCCCGAGGCGGACUGGGCAAGAAAUGUCGCUACAACAUCAGUUAGUGGAAAGUUAGUAUCCAUUGAUUUACACCAGUUUGUUUCUGCUGCUCAGACAUAUUGGUGUUCUGAGAUGCUUUCUGUUGGUGUCAAGGUUUUGAACAGACUUGACUCUCUUUAUAAGUUUCCACCCAAGAACUGUGAUGAAAUUUUCUUCAAAAGCAGGACUCUUACUCUGAUCUAUGAGGUUGCAACAUUUCUUCUGGAUGCAAAAAAUCUGAAGCUGAGGCGUCAUGAGUCUGAGAAUCUGCUGAAGUACAUUCAAUCUUCUACCGAAAAGAUAGUUAAUUACAUAUUCCCAGAUGGGCAGAUACCAUUGAAUAAAAACAUGAUUUUACUUAGAGGAACCGACACUACCAAGAGUAUGUUGAACCAAGUCAUAGCUGAAUCAGUCAGUCUAAGGAAUAGCUCAAUGAAGGGAAAAAUUGAAAGAAUUGCCAUGAUUAUUCUUGGAUCUGGGAAGGUGAAUAAAGAACUCUGUGAGAAGAUUAUAUCAAAAAUUAACCAUAAUGAAAUGUGGGAUGCAUGGAAGUCAUUCUUUGGCUUUCUACACGACAUUAGGGGAUUAGGUCUUAUUUUUUCUACCGAAUUCGUUGCAGAAAUGUUUCUUCUUAUUUCGCUCAGAAGUGCUUUAGAAAGUACUUACAUCAACAAUUGGAAGACAGGUAAGGACUCCAUAUCUCCUAGUUGCUUUUUGUAUCUUUUGGAGCACCUUGUUAUUGGGGCAUCUUCCAUAUAUGGUUAUUUUGUAUCUACCAAAUCCACAUUUGUUGAAUGGCUUAUGUUCCAUGAAAAGUUGGCCAGCUUCCACGGAUUGGAUGAUGUACCAAAUCUAGCACAUCCAUUCUCGUGCAAAAUUAUCCUAGAACUUCUUUAUAAUGACUGGAUAAGGGAAUCUCCCAGAGCAGUUACUAGGCUGGUUGUGCUGUUAUGCUUGGUUUGUGUCAACAUCAGUAGGGAUACUGAUUCACUUAUCGAUGUGUUGAAGAAGAGCCAUAUAACUGAAAAACUACCACACUCUUUUCGUAUUACCCUCGAGGGAGUAAAGAGAAACAACAGUCAAAAUAUAAAUGUGAAUUUGAUUGCUGAAGCUCUUGAGAAGAUCAACAAUCCUAUGGUGAUUGUGAACUUAUGGGGAUGUUGUCCGUUCGAGUCAUGUCCAAAUGCUGUGUAUGUAAGUAUGAGUUCAAAUACAUCCAUGGAUGAAAUAUUAAGAACAUUGUUUCCAGAUCAAGUUGAGGCCUCAAAGAGCUCAGUUGGAGCUGCUGUGGAAGCUAGUUCUGAGGAUCAGUUGGUUUCUAAGGAUGAGGAGCUAUCAUCGGCUUGGCAAGCAAGUAUUGCUGCUGGUGCUGCAGCAGCACCAAGUAGCAGUCAAAAUGUGGAAAGCAAAAAACAGGGAGGUAACAAAUCCAAGAAAAAUAAGAAGAAAUUAAAAGGAAAGAAGAGAUAGGCUAAGUAAGUAAGUUUCUAAUGCAAUGGUAGUUCCAAAUUCUUGUGAUGAAACUCUAUUGUAUUAUGUACUACAUAUCUUGUGAAUAUGAAUAUGUUAGGCCUUAAGUCUUUAGUGGCUGUGUUCAGUGUUUUUAAGUUUGUGUCUUCUAAUUUGGUUGGCUAGUUAGGAUCAUUAUUCUUUGGGGAGUUUACCAAGUUUCUCAAAUAACUUGCGAUUUUUGUAAUUGUUCUUGCUCUUACCAAUAAACUACAUUUCUUUCAAGAA